CCCAAGCCUUGGCGGUGCGCCUGCAGCAGGUAACCCUGCCCCUGAUCUCCCGGAACCAGUGCAUGCAGUACUGGGGCAACCGGAUCACCAGCUCCAUGCUCUGUGCCGGAGGGGUCGGUGCCUCCUCCUGCCAGGGUGACUCCGGCGGACCUCUGGUGUACUGGAAUGGGAAUGACUGGACCUUGAUCGGCAUCGUCUCCUGGGGAAACAGCAACUGCAACGUCCGCACGCCCGCCAUCUACACCCACGUCAGCCAGUUCCGAAACUGGAUCGACUACGUUGUUGCUCAGGGAUAG